AUGGCUGGAUAUCCGCGACCACUCAGCUUCUCGGACAAGCGAGGCAGCACCUUUGGCUGCGAUGACUUAUCGUUGCACACCAGCGGCGUCAAGAUGCCUCAAGCUCGACCUCCAAGGGGCCCCCCCACGCCGAGCAUGUCUACUCCUGCCGAGAACUUCGAGCAGGCGUUGGCAGGCUCGCCACCACACCCCCCAACCCCAGCUGCGUCACCUGGACCUGGACAUAUUCAACUGGAUUGGAGCGAUGCUGCCGACGAUGAAGAUUUCUUCCUUGCCAAAAUCCGCCAGCAUUUUCAGAACUGUACCGCUCCUCAACGGACACGGCUCUUGGCCGACCUCCUGAAUCUGUGCACGAGUCAGCAAUUGAGCUUCGUCCAUCAGUUUGUCAGCCCUUUGCUGAAAAAGGACCCCUUCACGAGCCUCCCGGAUGAGCUAUGUCUAAGAAUCCUCUCAUUCAUUGAUGACCCGAAGGUGCUUGCCCGUGCAUCACAGGUCUCGCGGCGGUGGCGAGAUCUUCUAAGUGAUGAUAUGACUUGGAAGAACCUAUGCGUCAAACACGACUAUCAGCGGAGGCUAUCGGAGGUGCAGUCGGCUGCGGCAGCAUCACAUGCGGUUCGCCCUGGCGCGUUUCCACUGAGCGUUUCAGACAGUGACUUCACGAACCACAGCUUCCCCGGCGCCUUGCCUCAGGCCGCCAUGCAUAUGUCAAGCUCUCGGAGUUUUGAUGGCUCGACGACUUCGAGCUUGCGCCCGAAGCUCAAGUCCUACAAGUCACACUUCAAACAGCGAUAUCUCGUCGACGCCGCUUGGAGGACGGGCGGACGCAACAUAACACGGAAUAUUACACAGGACGGGGGAGUGGUUACGAGUCUUCACCUCACUCCAAAGUACAUCAUCGUGGCUCUGGAUAACGCCAAGAUCCACGUGUUUGAUACUGAGGGCAAUGCGCAGCGAACCCUUCAGGGACAUGUGAUGGGAGUAUGGGCGAUGGUGCCAUGGGAAGAUAUGCUUGUUAGCGGAGGGUGUGAUCGCGACGUCCGAGUCUGGGAUCUGGCUACUGGGAACUGCCAACACACUCUACGAGGCCACACAUCCACCGUUAGAUGUCUCAAGAUGUCGGAUUCGAACACUGCGAUCUCUGGCUCCCGAGACACAACGCUAAGGAUAUGGGACGUGCGAUCAGGGCUCUGUAGGAAUGUCCUUGUCGGCCAUCAGGCAAGCGUCCGAUGUCUCGAAAUCAAAGGCGACAUCGUUGUCUCGGGCAGCUACGACACCACAGCCAAAGUAUGGAGUAUCUCAGAAGGACGAUGCCUACACACGCUGUCAGGACAUUACAGCCAGAUAUACGCAAUUGCUUUUGACGGUGCCAGAGUGGCCACUGGCAGCCUCGACACCAGUGUCCGGAUAUGGAAUGCUAUGACUGGUGAAUGCCAAGCUGUUCUUCAGGGCCACACCUCGCUAGUUGGCCAGCUACAAAUGCGUGGAGAUACGCUCGUGACGGGCGGAUCUGAUGGAUCUGUCAGAGUUUGGUCACUGUCCAAGUUCGUUCCGAUUCAUCGCUUAGCCGCGCAUGACAACAGCGUCACCAGCCUACAGUUUGAUGAUACUCGAGUUGUGAGUGGAGGCAGCGAUGGGCGCGUCAAAGUGUGGGACCUCAAGACGGGCCAUCUCGUUAGAGAACUCAUCGCCCAAGGGGAAGCCGUGUGGCGAGUUGCUUUUGAGGAGGAGAAGUGCGUCGCAAUGGCGCUACGAAAUGGCAGAACAGUCAUGGAGGUCUGGUCAUUCUCACCGCCAGAAGAAAUGCUCUAUGACAGGCCAAUUUCUUUGGCUCAGGGCUCCACAGAGGUCUCUGAUCAUGCUUCGGAUACACUCUCACUAGAUUUCAGGAGGUCGCAGAUUAGGCUUCCAGGGCUUUCACGGCUUGAUGCGGAAAGCCAAGAUGUCGACAUGAGGGACGUAGGGCCAUCGACCGCCCCUCUCCAGUCCAGUAACGCGACCUUUUUUCAUGACGACUAA